AUGAAGUCAAUGGUCGACAAUGAACUCAAGAAAAUGUAUAAUGUGCUCAGCGACAAAAUGUAUGAACACAAAAGAAUUCUUGAGGCCUCUAUCCAGUCAGCUCAAACAGAGCGACGACUCAAGGAGGCGGUACUCAAGUUCAAGAACGAGAAACUCUUGGACAGGAUCAAGGCUCAGGACACACACAUGGUCAUCCUCAAUGAUGAAAUCACAAGCACUCAGAGAGCCAUGUUAGACAUGGGGAAGAAAAUGAUGGAACUAGGCAGCGAGAACACCAAGCUGCAUCAUGAGUUAGCUUCACUCAAAGCAAGCAGCGUCACAACAAUGCAAGGUCACACCUCUGGUCAGGUACAAUUGCGCAAACUGCACGUCAAGAUAGCCGAACCUCCACACUACUCAGGCAAAGGAAGUCUGGAGGACUGGCUUCAACAACUCAGCAUCCGGAUGCAGUGGAAUGAGAUCAAUGACAAUGAAAUAUGCUACAAGGACAGCAGCACAGCAGGCACUCGGUACUUGAGAGAUUUCAUUGACAUUCUCAAAGUCAACUACAGGACCCUCGACCCAGACAAGGAUGCGCAACAGCACCUGAAGGAGAUCUGCACAAAGACCUACCCCACCAUGGUCUCCUUCGCAGAAAGGUUCUGUCAAUGGGCCACCAAGACCAACUUGGGGCACAUCACACUAAUCAGUUAUAUCGCUGAACAUAGAGACAAGGAUCCGGAGUAUCUCGACCUAUGUCUCCAACUCGAAUUCAAGUUCAGGGCCGACAAAGCAGGACAUCGUGGAACAACGACAUCAUCAUCACCGGCACCAAGAGCCUCGAAGGACCCCAAUGCAAUGGCUGUGAACCACGUGUCCUAA